UGGCGUCGUCCUCACCUUCUCCGCUCCGCUGCGCCUGCGCACCGUUCCUUGCCUCUCCUUUCCCCCCUCCCUUUGUUCAUUGUUUAGCAUAGUUCCGGAAAUGGCGCCACAAAGCCCCCCUCCUCUCUCGUUCUCUUUUCCCUCCGUCCACACCUACGAGUAACUAAGCAAUCGUUGCCACGAGCAACCAAACAGUGGGCAUGUAGUUGCUCGUUCUAAUCCGCAGCCACAGAGGGCUGAGGAGGGUUCGAAUGAGAGCGGAAAGGGGCACGGAGGCGAGGAGAAAAAGAGGACGGGAGGCGGGACUAUCGGUGUGAAGAUGGCAGCACUGUGCGUGGAGGAGAGCAUUUACAAUCUGCUACCUCACAUUGCGGCGAAGUCUUUCAAGGAACCUAGAUAUGUGUCGACAUUUAAACCGUAUGUGAAACGUACAAUAGAACAAAGUAAAGCACCAUGGAAAACCAUUGGACCACCAAAAGUCCAGGUGCCCUCUCCAAAAGACUUCCUUCAGAAACAUUCAAAGGAACCAAAGUUACCAAAGCGGGAAAAAGACCAAGAAGGUAAAAAAAUGAGAGAAUCAAAUGUGCCUAGAAGGUCAGAUCAUCCAAUUAUGGGAGUUCAAAGUACAAAGAAUUUCAUAAGCACAAAUGCAGCUAAUGUUAUCAUGGGAGUGGCUAAGAAACCUCUACCAGUUUGCGUCGACAGGCGACAGGGAGACAAAUUUAUUCUUGAAACUUCAGGACUUGUUCCAAAAUAUCUCAAGAAAAAGGAUUAUGGCCUUACUCCAAAAUAUGUAACAAAGCGAAGUGAAGAUGUAAAGAGAGCUCAGGAAGAGUAUGAUGCCUAUGUCAAGGAAACGCUCAGACAGAAAGCCAUGAAACGGCUCUCUGAUGAAGAGAGGGAAAGUCUUAUCGAGGGUCUCAAGAAGAACUGGGAAGAGGUUCAUCAUGAAUUCCAAAGCCUUUCAGUAGAAAUAGAUACAAUACCAAAGAAGCUUCAUAAAGAAAGGCUGGAAACGCAGAUGAAGCAGUUGGAACAUGAUAUUCAGACAAUUGAGAAACACAGAGUUAUUUAUAUUGCAAACAAAUGAUGAGAACAUCCUUGGAAAUAUUCUCUUCCUGAGAUGAAAACAAAGUUACUUUCAGUGAGCAAGCAAAAAUACUUAUAUAUUCAAUUGUAGAAGAAUAUUUAAAUUUUAACAAGAUACUUAGAGUGUUAUUGUAUUUUAUUUUUGAAAGUUUUUAAGAUAUCUAUUUUUUUCAAAUAAAUAUCUACUUAUUUUUUUCCUGAUUGUUCAAUGAACUAUACUUUAUUUUUAAAUAAACCUCUAAAGGUUCUAGUUGUCAUUAUAGCAAGUAACAUGAUGAAUGGUAAUAAUUCAAAUAAAUGUGUAAAUAAAAGCUGAGAAAGAUACGGGGAUAGUUAAUAAAGA